UGAUUUUUUCUCGCUUGGUCAGUCAAUCAUGGCUCUAUCUACCACCUCUUCUCUUCUCUCUUCCAACAACUUCAUCCGCCGCCACCACCCGCGCCGCCACAUCCACUGUCUCCUCCGCCCUUCCACCACUCUCAAACUUAAACCCAUCUCAGCCGUCCAUUCCACCAAAUCAACGACCUCCACGAAAUGGAGUCCAGACAGUUGGAAGACCAAGAAGGCUCUCCAGCUCCCUGAAUAUCCCAACAAAGACGAGCUACAGUCUGUUCUUGACUCUCUCUCAACAUUCCCUCCGAUCGUGUUCGCCGGUGAGGCCAGAAGCCUGGAAGAGAAAUUGGGUCAAGCUGCUCUUGGAAACGCUUUCUUGCUUCAGGGUGGUGACUGUGCUGAGAGCUUUAAAGAAUUCAAUGCCAAUAACAUUCGUGACACCUUUCGUGUUCUUCUUCAGAUGAGUAUUGUCCUCAUGUUUGGCGGUCAAAUGCCUGUUAUCAAGGUGGGAAGAAUGGCGGGUCAAUUUGCAAAACCAAGGUCAGAUCCAUUUGAAGAGAAGAAUGGUGUGAAGCUACCUAGUUAUAGAGGUGACAAUGUGAAUGGUGAUGAAUUUGAUGCCAAAUCAAGAGUUCCAGACCCCCAUAGGAUGACUAGAGCUUAUUUGCAAUCAGUUGCAACUUUGAACCUCUUAAGGGCAUUUGCAACCGGAGGUUAUGCUGCGAUGCAGAGAGUUGCUCAUUGGAAUCUUGAUUUCACGGAGCACAGUGAGCAGGGCGAUCGAUACCAUGAAUUGGCUCACCGAGUUGAUGAGGCCAUAGCAUUCAUGGCUGCUGCUGGACUCACUAGUAGCCACCCAGUUAUGACUACAACAGAGUUUUGGACAUCUCACGAGUGCUUGCUCCUGCCUUAUGAACAAGCUCUUACUAGAGAGGAUUCAACUUCUGGGCUUUACUAUGACUGCUCUGCUCACAUGAUUUGGGUUGGAGAACGUACCCGCCAACUUGAUGGUGCUCAUGUUGAGUUUUUGAGAGGAGUUGCUAAUCCCCUUGGUAUCAAGGUGAGUGAUAAGAUGGAUCCAGACGAGCUAGUUAAGCUCAUAGAUAUCUUAAACCCAAAGAACAAACCUGGGAGGAUAACAGUGAUUGUAAGGAUGGGAGCCGAAAACAUGAGAGUUAAACUUCCCCAUUUGAUAAGGGCUGUACGUAGAGCAGGUCAAAUUGUCACUUGGGUUAGUGACCCCAUGCAUGGGAACACCAUAAAAGCUCCUUCUGGACUCAAAACCCGUUCCUUCGAUGCAAUUAGGGCUGAGGUUAGGGCCUUUUUUGAUGUGCAUGAUCAAGAAGGAAGCUAUCCUGGAGGAGUUCAUCUAGAGAUGACAGGACAGAAUGUGACAGAGUGUGUCGGAGGAUCUCGAACUAUAACUUACGAUGAUCUGCACUCACGUUACCAUACUCACUGUGACCCAAGGCUCAAUGCUUCUCAGUCUCUAGAGCUUGCCUUCAUUAUCGCUGAGCGCUUAAGGAAAAGAAGGCUUGGACCACGACAUUCGCUUGCCUCUACUCUAGCCUAGAAGGCUUUGGUUAUUGCUAUAGUAGUAUGAGUGGUUUUAGAAUUAUGUUUUAAGGUGUUUUAUCUAUGUUAGGAGAGUAGCCAGAGGGAAGUAAGUGAGCAGCACUGGCAAGUAAGCAAGUAGAUGCCUGAAAGCUAGUAUGGUAAAGAUGUUUUAAGUUAUGAUAGGAAAAUUUGUUGGUAGAUAUCCAUCUACGAAUGUUGGAAUCAGUAUUUGUGUGUUUGAGGGAGAUGCUUAUAAUGUUGUGUUACCUUGGGGUGUAUAUUAUAUGGGAGAUGCUUAUAAUGUUAUGUUACUUUGGGUUAUAAAAUAUAUACAUGUGUGUGCGUGCAUGCGCGUGUGAUUUUGUUA